GCCGCCCCCAUCGCCCUCCAUCCCGCCAUCCGGAGGCCGACCAGCAUGCUGCGCGCCUCGAUUCUUGCGGCCCGCCCUGCAGCCCGGCCAUUGGCACGCGCCGCCCGCCCGCAAUGGCGCGCUGCCCAGCGCUGGUACGCCGACGACAAAAAGCUGGACCAGACGGCCGUCCCCAACCCGGCGCCGCUCGUCGAGCCCACCGACCCUGCGAGCCCGCCGACCAUCGCGCAGGCGACCAUCCCGCCGUCUGAGGUCCCUCGCGCCCCGCCCGCGCCCGCGACGAGCAUUGUGAACGACGCCGCCCUCGCUGCCUCGCGCUCCGCCCCCGUCAUCCAGCCCGCGACCACGCCGCCGACCGGCCCUGGCACUGCGAGCGUCGCCCCCGACCCAAUCACCCCGAAGCCCAAGAAGCGCAGGUUCCGCCGCUUCUUGCUGUGGCUGACCAUCCUGUCCGGCCUCAGCUACGCCGGCGGCGUCUACUACUCGCUGGUCUCGGACAACUUCCACGACUUCUUCACCGAGUUCGUCCCCUUCGGCGAGGAUGCCGUCGCCUACUUCGAGGAGCGCGAGUUCAAGCGCCGCUUCCCAGCCCGCCCCGACCAGCCGCGCCUCCACCAGCAGAUCUCGGGCGAGAACAAGGUCACCAUCCCCGGCAAGAGCGGCCUGACCGCCCGUGUCGCUGAAGACCCCCACAUAAGCGCCGUCAGCGAGAACAACCCCAAGCCCAAGACGGCCGAGCAGCCCCGCGUUGGCUCGAACGUUCAGGAGUCGAAGAAGGUGCAGGAGCAGAGGGAGAAGCCUGCCGCGGCGACCUCCAAGGCUGAGCCCAAGACCGUCAUCCUCGACGCCCCCUCGACCCCCAUUUCUCAGAUCGACCACCUCAACGUAGCCUCUGCGAGCGAGCCUGUCGUCCAGGACGUCGUCAAGAUCGUCAACGACCUCAUCACAGUAGUCAACGCCGACAAGACACACGAUGGAAAGUACAACUCUGCUCUGGAUAAGGCCAAGUCAGAGCUCUCCAAGGUCGUCUCCGACAUCUCCCUACUGAAGGCCAACCUGCAGAAGGAGUCUGAGGACAAGGUCAAGGCUGCCCACGCUGAGUUCGAAGAGGCCGCCAAGGAGCUUGUCAGGCGCCUCGACCACCAGAUGCAAGAGCAGGAGGCCCACUGGAAAGAGGAGUACGAGAACGAGCGCGAGCGCCUUCAGCAGACCUACAGGAGCAAGGUCAAGUCUGAGCUCGAGGCCGCCCACAAGGUCUACGAGGCAAAGCUCAAGAAUGAGCUUCUUGAGCAGAGCAUCAACCUCCAGAAGAGCUUCACCAAGAACGUCCGCGACCGUGUCGAGGCUGAGCGCGAUGGCCGUCUCGGCAAGCUGAACGACCUUUCCAACUCUGUUCACGAGCUUGAGAAGCUCACAGCUGAGUGGAACUCCGUUGUCGACGCCAACCUGAAGACUCAGCACCUCGUUGUUGCCGUCGAGGCCGUCAAGUCUGCUCUCGAGACACAAAUCGUCCCCAAGCCUUUCGUCACCGAGCUGGCUGCCCUUAAGGAGAUUGCUGCUGACGACCCAGUGGUCAGCGCUGCCAUCUCCAGCAUCAACCCCACCGCCUACCAGCGCGGUAUCCCCAGUUCCGCUCUUCUGAUCGAUCGCUUCCGCCGUGUUGCAUCCGAGGUCAGGAAAGCCGCGCUUCUCCCCGAGGACGCUGGUGUCGCAUCCCACCUCGCCUCCCUCGCCAUGUCCAAGGUCUUGUUCAAGAAGUCCGGGCUAGCAGUCGGCGGCGACGUCGAGGCUGUGCUUGCGCGCACCGAGGUUCUACUCGAGGAGGGCGACCUGGACGGCGCAGCACGCGAGAUGAACGGCCUGCAAGGGUGGGCCAAGGUGCUGAGCAAGGACUGGUUGGGCGAAUGCAGGAGAGUGUUGGAGGUCAGGCAAGCACUGGAUGUCAUUGCUACAGAAGCGAGACUGCAGAGCUUGCUGGUCGAUUAGGCGUGUCUUGUGGUGAGCGCUUUGUAAUGUAGUCAUAGAGCUGUGAAUGUAUCUGUUCCAUUUG